AUGUCUCCCUUCAUCCCCUCCCUCCUCCUCGUCCUCCUCCUGGCUGCUCCGGCCCUCCUGACUCCAUCGACCUCCAACGAGUUACAGGUCAGAGGUCAAAGGUUGCCAAGGGAUGCCAACCAGGACUCCAUCAAGGUGGUGAUCUCUGAGGGCUGCGUCACUCAGGGGGAUUCAUCUGAUGUCAGCCAGGGAGGUAAAGAAAUCAACCUGACCCCCGGUUCCCCUCUGGUCCUGACCCAUCGGAUCAAACUGGUUCCAUCGUCGGGCUCUGGUUCUGGAUCCCGGUCUUGCGGUUGCGAGUCGGACUUUGCUGCCCUGCGGGAGCGUCUGGAGAGGCUGGAGAGGGAGGUGUCGUUGCUCAGGGAGAAAUGUGGAGGACCUGAAGGAGGCUGCUGCACCUCCAAGGAGAGCAAAGGUGCAGGUUGCUCCAUCAAACCGGAGGUGGAGGAGUGUCCCAACGAGUGCAGUGAUCAGGGUCGCUGUGUCGACGGGAAGUGCGUCUGCUUCCCCGGAUUCAGCGGACCGGACUGCAGCGAGUCCGACUGUCCCGGAAACUGCAACGACAAAGGACGCUGCGCUAACGGACAGUGUGUGUGCGACCCCGGCUUCACCGGCGCCGACUGCUCCGGGACGGGCUGCCCCGACAACUGCAGCAACCGAGGCCGGUGUGUGAACGGUAGAUGUGUGUGCGACGGUGGGUUCACUGGUUCCAGCUGCUCUGACGAAUCCUGCCCAGGAAACUGUAACAGCAGGGGGCGCUGUGUGAACGGGCGGUGUGUGUGCAAUACCGGAUUCACCGGACCGGACUGCUCCAAGACGACGUACGACUGCUCCGAUAAAUCCUGCCCGGGGAACUGCAACAGCAGGGGGCGCUGUGUGAACGGAGAGUGUGUCUGCGAUCAUGGAUUCAGCGGACCGGAUUGCUCCGAAAGAACAUGUCCGAACGACUGCAGCGACCAGGGCCGGUGCCUGAACGGUAAAUGUGUGUGCGACAGCGGCUUCACCGGAGACGACUGCUCUGAUAAAUCCUGCCCAGGAAACUGUAACAGCAGGGGGCGCUGUGUGAACGGGGAGUGCGUCUGCAACGACGGAUUCACCGGAGCGGACUGCUCUGCAAAAGCUUGUCCGAAAAACUGCAGCGGCCGCGGGAAGUGCGUGAACGGGAAGUGCGUCUGCGACGUUGGUGCCGCCGGGCCGGACUGCGCCGCCAAAGGUUGUCCCGGUAACUGCAACAACAAGGGGCGGUGCCUCAAAGGGAGGUGUGUCUGCCGGAGAGGAUUCACCGAACCGGACUGCAGCCAAUGUGAGGAGGGCAUGACGGGACCCAACUGUGACACCGUGAUGUCGGGGGUUUCUCGGCUGAGCACCAGUGACAUCACAGAGACGUCUGUCACUCUGCUCUGGACUCCACCUCGCGUCCAGUACGAGACGUACUACAUCACCUUCACCAGCCAGAAGGAGAGUGACCAGCAGAUAAGCGUGACGGUGGAGGGCAGCCUGACCACCUUCACCCAGACGGGCCUGGCAGCCGGUCAGGAUUACACCGUCAGCGUCACCGGAGAGGUCGACGGCAGGAAGGGAGCCGAGAGCUCCGCAGAAUUCAUCACCCUCAUCUCCGGUCCCACCGACCUCCGAGUCGUCAAGACGACCUCCACGUCCGCGGUGGUCCAAUGGGAGCAGUCGCAGGGCGAAAUCGACAGGUACCGUUUGACGGUCACGCCCAACGACGGAGCGGGGAGGAGUCAGGAGAUGACCGUCCCGGCUGGACAAGACUCCGCCCACAUUCGGCAGCUGGAGGCGGGGCGUUUGUACGACGUCAUACUGGUGGCAGAGAAGGAAACGAGUCGGAGCAGACCAGCAACCAAUCAGGUUACACCAGGGAAGAAGUUACCAAGUGUUACCAUGGCAGCUUUGACACUAGCACCUGGACAAGACACCUCGGCUGAGGUGCACGUCUUUGACCAACCUGGGAAGAGGGAGGAUGGGAGCAAGGGUGUAGAAGUCAGAGAUAUAGAUGGCCGUAACAAAGACUCCACAACCUCUGUGAUUGCAAGAACUAAACCUCUGGUCAGCAAAAAGAUGGGAAUAAAUGGCACGGAAAGAAACUGCGAGGAAGCAGAUUUUAAAGGGAAUGAGGCCGUUGUUGCCGUCCUCGUCGUGGUCAUCGUCCUCGUUAACCUCACAUUCAUCAUCAUCAGAACCCUCAUCGCCCUCUUUAUCAUCGCCUUCACUUGCUCCAUCUUCAUCAACAGCUGCUCCUUCAUCAACAGCUGCUCCGUCACCAACGCAUUCAUCGUCGCAUUCUUCAGCUCAGAUAAAUCAGGUUCAGUUGGAAGCAAUGAACCAGAUGUUGAUAACCUCAAAAGUGCGAUUGACGUUACCUCACCUGAAGACAGAAAACUACCACCCUCAGGACCUCUUUUCCAACGCACACCUACAAAAAAUGGAUACAUACGUCGCCUGCGCCCAAACUUUGGAUUGCUUCAGAACAAAACCCGUCUAAAUCUGAGAGUUCCUCACCCUUCGACUCUUCGUUUGAACCCCGUCCCUAGAAGAGAGACAGAGACCAGGCAUUCAUCCACGGGUGAAUUAUCAUCUUCACCAUCUUCAUCUGCCUCAGAGGAAUCUUCAGUUGAAGUAAAUGCACUAGUGAAGGAUACAAGUGGAGAUGAAGAUGGGGCGACUUCACCUGCAUCCUCUGGAGUUGAACAAAACCAUAAUAAGAUGCCAACAGAAAGAGGACGAAUCCCAGUUCGGCGUCUUCCUCCAAAGGGGGGAUAUCUGCUGCGUCGUCCAAAUUUUGGACCUCUUCAGAACCGGACUCGUCCAAAUUUGAGGCUGCUUCCUCCACCCUCACGACCUUUAAAUCCUGCAUCAGAUGCAAGGAGAGACCAGGUAUCUUCCACUGAUUUGCCAGCCACUUCUCCUUCUCCUGUUUCCAAAGAAUCCUAUCCAGCUGAAGGUACAGGACCAAUAGUAGCCGAGAAUGUGGACAGAGUUGGGACAAGCAUGUCCACUGAGUUCAAUCAGACCCUCAGAGGAAGUGGAGUGCCUUCCUCUCAACGCCCAACCACCAAAGUUGGUUUCUUCCGUCGGCCGCAACUUUAUGGUGGACGAUUCCAAAACAAAACCCGUACAAACCUGAGACCACCUCAAAAUCCACAUAAAGGGCCCAUGAGGAAGCUUUUCCCACACAAAAACCUUAAUGGAGACACUAGUGUUGGAGGUCAAAUUAUGCAUUUAGAAAAGGAUAGUACCCCUGAAAUCCCAGAUAAUCAAUCAGGCGGGCCGGAUGCCGCCAUGCCUACCCAAGGAGUCCACAUUAGACAAUCAGGAGAACUAGAUACUGCAGAGGUCAUUCCAAAUUCCCAAAUGGACUUGCAUGAUGCAACCGUCAGACCACAGAUUAACAAAUUAGAAGGGUGGGACGAUGCUCCGAUCCAAACUGCUAAAUCUGGAGAAGAAGCAACAAGCACCCCAGCUUCAAACUCUGACUCUGACACCAAUAAAGAGAGAGUAAAAGCUGGCAAAAACGCUGGAGCUACAAGUCGAGGUGGACCAACUAUCAAACAAACCUCCUCAAAUUCAAAACAUGGAGCUCCGAGUACAGACAGACUUCCAAGGCCCCAACCACCAACAAGGGGUAAAACCGCACAGCAUCAGUCCCAGAUAAGACACUACAACAGUGGGAGCAAACGGAGAGAGGAAACAAAAACAAAUAACACCGCAAAAAGUUUGUUUGACAGUAAACCUGAGCAGACAAAGCGUGUUGAUUCCAAACUUCAGACGGGAUCAGACAGACCUUCUUCCGGAGUCAAAAGGGAACCUCUGGACCAUGUGGGAGUGACAAACCGGACCUCAGAUGGAUUUACGCUCAUCUGGGACUCACCGGAAGAAAAGUACAAAAACUUUGUGGUGACAAGCAGAGAAGUUGGGAAAGAUGACUCUGAGAAAGAGGGUGGCAAUGAGGAGGAAGCGAAGCAUCAUCCAGCCAAAGAAACAGAAUCAGAAGAUGGACGCAAUGAAGAUGUAAAUAGAGUUCCUGAAAGUGUCUCCACACAAGAUUCGAGAAGUGACAAAACCUUCAAAAAAGUUGUUCCCGGUUCAGCUCGCUCUUUCCAGUUUGAGAAUCUUCCUCCUCAGACCGAGUACAGCGUGACCUUGCUUGGGAAGGGAACCGGCCUUCUGUCCAGACUGCACAAGCUUGUCAUCAGUACAGGCCCGGAGCCUCCGACCGACAUCGUCUUCAGCGAGCUGACGGAAAACUCUCUGACGGUGUCGUGGACCAAACCAAAGACUCCCGUCAGCGGUUUCAAGGUCACCUACACCCAGAGAGAGGAGGGGGAGCCGGUGUCGGUGUCCGUGGACUCGGAGGACUCCACCCUCAGCCUCUCAAAGCUCUCGCCUGGUUCUUCUUACGAGGUCAGCGUCAUCUCCGUCCUCGGACUGGACGAGAGCGACCCAAUGAAAGACUUUGUGAUGACACUCCCUGACCCGCCUACAGACCUCCGGGUCCUGAACGUCACAGACACCAAGGCCUUGUUGUUGUGGCGUCCAGCGUUGGCCGCCGUUGAUAAAUACUCCAUCGUUUACGGCGCCGGGACGGACUCAGAGUUGAGGGUCAGCGUGUCUGGAAAUGCAGCAGAGCAGCAGCUGAGCGGUCUGGAAGCGACCACCACCUACACCGUCACCAUCACCAGCCAGCUGGGCAACAGGGAGAGCUCAGUGGCCUCCACCAGCUUCACCACCACCGGAGGCUCAGGGAGCGGAGACGGUCCCCAAGACCUCCAGGCCAACGACGUGACCCCUCGCACCGCCCUGUUGUCAUGGAAACCACCCUCAAAUCCCGCCAGCAGCUACAGACUGACCUAUCAGAGCGAAGGUCAGGAGAUGAAGGAGGUGAUGGUGGACGGCUCGGUGACGGAGUUCAACCUCACCAGACUUCACCCCGGGUCAAAGUACUUGGUGCAGCUCCAGGCCGAGGGUGGAGGCCGAUACUCUGCUGCCAUCUCCACCGACUUCACCACCGGCAUCCUGAGGUUCCCCUUCCCCACCGACUGCUCUCAGGAGCUGCUGAACGGCAUCAGGACGUCCGGUGAGGCGGAGAUCUUCCCUCAGGGGAAACUCGGGACGCCGAUGAUGGUUUCCUGUGACAUGGAGACGGACGGCGGCGGCUGGACGGUCUUCCAGAGGAGGAAGGACGGCUCGGUGGAUUUCUUCAGAGGCUGGAAGAAUUACGUUCAAGGAUUCGGGAGUCUGAGUGGAGAGUUUUGGCUCGGCCUUGAGAGCCUCUACAACCUGACGUCGAUGACCAGGAUGACUCUACGCAUCGACCUGCGGGACAAAGACGAUGCCGUGUUCGCUAAAUACUCAACAUUUGAGCUGGUGAAGAGGAACUACAAGCUGAUCGUGGGCGGAUACAGCGGCACUGCAGGCGACUCUCUCAGCUACCACAGCCAGCGGAUCUUCUCCACCAAAGACCGAGACCUGACGACCUUCAUCACCCGCUGUGCCAUGUCGUACCGAGGAGGCUGGUGGUACAAGAACUGCCACGAGGCCAACCUCAACGGCGUCUACGGCACCUCCGUCAAUCACCAGGGUGUGAUCUGGACGGCCUGGAAGGGAAAAGAGUUUUCCAUCCCGUUCACUGAGAUGAAGAUGAGACCAGCAGCCUUCAGUCCUCCAACCAGAGGAUGAGGAGGAAGAGGAAGAGGAAGAGGACAAUAAACUGAACU